UCUAUAUCAUCAAGUCGGUGCCUACCUUGCCUGACAGUCCACCCUUAAUUCCUCUCUCUCUCAUCUUUUCUUUUUCCAACCCUAAUCCUUCCUUCCUUCCCCGAUUUUCUCUUUAAUCGGUUCGCUUAAACCUAGCUAUCUCCUAUCUAUCUAUCUAUGGCUUCUGGAUCAUCGGCUCGUAAUAAUCCCGGUUCUAAAGGUUUUGAUUUCGCUAGCGACGAUAUUCUCUGCUCUUAUGACGAUUACAAUCACGACGCUUCUAACGGAACUCAUUCUGAACAACCUAUUGGAACUAAUUCCGCCAAGGAAUUCCACAAAAGUAGGAUGGCAAGAUCAUCUAUGUUCCCUGCUCCUGCAUACAGUCCUCCAGAUGAAUCCUUUAACCAUGAGGUGAUAUCUGUUGUUGAAAAGACUAUGAAGAAACAUUCUGACAAUCUGAUGCGUUUCCUUGAGGGACUAAGCUCGCGUCUAUCUCAGCUGGAACUGUAUUGUUACAACCUUGAUAAAUCCAUUAGUGAAAUGCGUUCUGAUUUAAACCGUGAUCAUGGGGAACAAGAUUCGAAGCUAAAAUCACUGGAGAAGCAUUUACAAGAGGUACACAGGUCUGUACAGAUAUUACGAGACAAACAGGAACUUGCAGAAACACAAAAAGAGCUUGCUAAGCUUCAGCAUGCACAAAAGGAGUCAACCUCCACAAGUCACUCUCAUCAAAUCGAGGAAAGAGCUGCAGCUCCAUCUUCUGAAGCCAAGAAGCCUGAAGGCCCAUCAGAUGUUCAUCAGGGCCAACAACUCGCUCUUGCCCUACCCCAUCAAGUGUCCCCCAUUACAAGACCCGUAGAGCAACAACAACCCAUUGCACCACCCCAACCACAGCCCUUGCCCCAAUCGCAGGCAUAUUAUUUGCCCCCAGCCGGCUUACAAAACCCACCUGCAUUGCCCCAUCAAUCUCCAUCUCCUCAGUAUCUGCAGCCAGAUUCCCAGUACAGGACUUCACACUUACAAGACAUGUCCAGGCCUGGAGCUCAGCCUGUGCAAAAUCAUGGCAAUCAAGCACCACCACUACCUCAGUAUCAGCAGCAAUGGCCCCAACAACAGCCUUCAGUGUCAUCACAGAAUAGAGUUCCACCAGGUUCAGUUUACCCUCCAUAUCUACCUGGUCAACCAGCAAAUAUUCCUCCUCCCCCUCCUUCUCAAGAGAGUAUUCCAAAUAACAUGGGAAUGCAAGGGGCUUACACAGGAAUUCCCCAACAAGGUGGGUUUGGUGGUGGUCCUGGUAGGACCAUGCAGUCACAGCCUCAACAGAUGAAGGCUAAUUAUGGAGUACAGACAAAUGAUGGUUACAACAACACACCUCAGUUUACACAAGGAAAUGCAUACAUGAUGUACGACGCUGAAGGGAACAACAGGGCACACCAUCAGAACCAACCGCCGCCGCCUCAAUUCUCACAAGGUAGUUAUCCUCCAAGCUCUCCUCUUCAAAACCCACAGUCGAUGGCAAACACAGUGAAUCGACCACAACCACCAAAUCAAUCCCCAUUCAUGCGCAACAAUAAUAAUAAUAACAACACUUAUGGUGAAUUAAUCGAGAAGCUUGUGACAAUGGGCUAUAGAGGAGAUCACGUGACUGGUGUGAUCCAGAGGCUGGAGGAGAGCGGGCAGCCGAUUGACUUCAAUGCUGUGCUCGACAGGUUGAACGGGCAUCCUUCUUCUUCUGGUUCUGGUUCUCAAAGAGGAGGAUGGUCAGGCUGAGAUUUCAAACAGAAUAUUGAAAUGGUAUUGUUUAUCACCCCCUUAAAAUAUACUUUCUGUCACCAUGUUAAUAAACCUAUGUUGAGAGGUGUCAUUUACAUUUUACAUUAUCAUCCUGCCCAUUUGAGUGCUACGAUCAUUUGUACGUACACGCCCGACCGACGAAUCGUGUUUCAAUAACUUGUUUGGGAUACUCACUAGACUUGAUUGUGAGUGAAUUCUCUCUUUUUUAAGGGUUUACUUACUGUUUGGCAAGUAAAUAUGGUGGUUUAGCUGUUCUUUUGUUAUAAAAGCUUUGUUUAUUUUCUUCUACUA